CCAAAACAAGCCUUGAAUCGGCACGGGCAACAUGGGAAAACGGCGUCAUGAACAUGGUAGCUCGUUCGGGCCGCUGCUGGCCGACAGCAAAAUUACAUUGGAAGAGCGACGCGUCGUCCGGUGCCGCGAGCGUGAAAUUCUGCAGGAGCUGAAGGAAAAGAGCGCGGAAGCGUCUCAGCUGAACAACUCGAUCUUUCAAUCGAAAGCACAAGAGCUCGACUCCAUCUACGCCAAAGUGGUGUACCCGCGCGAGGCAAACUUGGACGCAUGCAACCUAGACGAAUUUAGCAACCUUGUUGUGAAGCAAGCUGGACUCAUGAGCGCCAGCGACUUGACCAAGUUCGACACAGGUCAAUUCAUCAACUCGUGCAAGGCCAAGUGCGCCAGCGAAGACACAGAAUCCGUCUUUGACUGGUUGCGGAUGGGCUCAGCUGUGGGACCGUGCUUUCAGAAUACGAUCGCCGUGAACUUUAUGUAUGGGUCGAUGGACACCCAACUAGUCGCCAAAGAACGGCGUGCACCCCGCCGCCGUCGAGUUGAUAGUGUAGACGUUGAAGAAUGCCAACCCACGCAAGUGGCAAAGGACAGUCUAGUUCAAGAGGAUGUUCAAGCAGGUCGGUUGAAGUACCUCCUUACUCUGGUCCAAGACCAAGGAAGUUGCGGCCUUUUCGAUUUGUGUCUGAAUCCGAAGAGCUUUGCCCAGGUUGCGUCAACCACCUUUCGCCAAAUCUUCUCAUCGUAUUGUAGACGAUAGAGAACAUGUUUGACAUGUCGUUUCUCAUUCGCGAUGGCCAGGCCAAGAUCGACAUCGACUCCCACGGGCUUCCUCGAAUUGUCAACAAGUCUGGAAUCACCGGGGAAGUACCCAAGCCGACGCAGUCGAUCAUCAGUAUCACGUACGAGCAGUGGGAGAAGCUCGCGCCGCUGUACGGGGAGCCACUCGUUGGACAUCGACCGCCGCCGCGUGUGUAGGGAGCUGCAAAUUUGACAAUGACGAGUUUGAAACGGUCGCGUCCUUUUCACUUGGUUAAUCUAUGCAAUGUUCGCGCGCAAAAUUUGUUUAGUCGUCAAACGAGGUUUUCGAGUUUUCACGUUCGUUGUCUUCGAACUCUUUGAUGAGGUCGGGCGACGCCUGCAAGAGCUCGACGAAGGCCGGCUUGUCGCACAAGUCAAAGUGCGGCGCGCUCUCAGGGGUCGGCGGGAUCGUGACAACGUCCACCCCCUCUUCGUUCUUUCGAGGUGGGUCGUGGGGAAUGUUGUUCUGCUUCAUGUACUCGACGCAUUUGGGCAGCGUGUCCACGUAGAGCGAGACAAAGUUAGGGUAUCCGUAGCUGUUGCGGAGCACAAUCGGCGCGUUCUUGGGUUUCACGGUUUGAUCGCGAUCUUCGUAGCGCUUGUCUUCGAUUUCGACGUCGCGGAUGCCAACAAAUCGGAAUGGACGCUUCACGCCAUCGUCUUCUUGGGUGAAAUGCAGGUCCAACAAGCCGUUUUCCUGAAACACGAAGGCACGAUCACUUGAUGACCACGAUGACCAUGCACGUACCGUCGUAUCGUCGUCGUCGUCAUCCAUACAAGGCUCAGUGGAGAAGAAGCGCGGAGCUGCGAACGCACGCUGGUAUCGCUGGCUCGUCGGCACGAAGUGGCGUUGGGCAAACUUGCGGAGCAUGAUGUGUCGAGGUUCCAAUGCUUCAAAGCAAUUGCUGGCUGUCACGGAGAUCGAACCAUCGGGGAUCAAACACCAGGUAUUUGACUCAAAACCCGGUGUUUGGUGGCAAAUCUCGGGUAUCCGGAAAUUCGAUAUCCGGUC